UCUGCAUGUGGAGUCACCAGUGAGGAGGCACUCUUCUUCCAAAGUCGCCCCCACGUUUACUAGCGUGUUUUGUGGGCUACACCUUUUGAGAGUCUUCACCAUUUUCCACGAAAAUUGCUUUCUCCGGAAAACACCGGUGGCAUUCGAAGAUUCCAUCCUGUAAGAACCCAACUCUCCCAAACAGCAUACCCCAUUUCCGUUUCCGGGAGGGAGAGGUAUGAAUUGCUCCAGUUUUUUAGCUUCUUGGUUUUCUCUAUGCACAGUCUGGUGAUCUGGGUUGCUGCAUUUGCCCAAUAAAGUUAUCAGCUUUUACUUGUAGUAGUAAAUCUGGGUUUUAAAGUUUGAAGCUUGCGCAUGGUGAUCUGAUAUUUCCUCAAUUUUUUGGUUUUUGGGUGUUAAUGUUGUUCUUUCAAGGGUUUUGUGAACUGGGUUGUGCUUACUUUUUGUGAAUUUUGGGUUCAUCUAAACUUUCCUGAGUUUUGGGGACCAGUAAAGGAGUUAGAAGGCAUUGGUUUUGCCUGGUCCUUUUGAAUUGGGAGUUUCUGGCAUUUUCAGUUUUCAGAGAAUCGGUCGUUUAUAGUUAGUUGUUGCUGUGGGGAAGACAUUUGGCGAUUGUAUUUUGUUAUGUAGUGUUAGCUGAUGUUUGAUUUUCAGCGAAAGUGACUUUUCCUGUCACUGAUUUUGGCUAGUUUGGUAAUGGAAUUGAUAUAAUAAAGCAAAAAAAAAGUAGAGAAUUUAGCAUUCAUUUCAUACAAAGAUGUCUUCAACAUCACCUUCUCCAAAUUCUUCCCCUUCUGCGGUCCCACCAACUUCAUCUGGUACCUCACCACCCCCACCUGCUUCCCCUGCCCCAUCAAAUUCGUCAACUACUACAACCACUGCAACCCCUUCUGACGCUUCAUCCCCUCUUCCCCAGUCUCCUCCUCCAGCAACACCAGCUGUUCCCCCUCCAAAAUCAUCACCACCACCAUCAACACCGCCGCCUUCGCCUCCUCAGGCUCCACCCCCAUCCCCUCCUCAGUCUCCACCCCCAUCAUCUCCAACUGCUCCACCCCCAUCGCCUCCUGCGGCAUCACCCCCACCAUCACCACCCGCAUCAUCACCACCUUCGCCACCAGCUUCCCCUCCUCCUGCUGCAUCUGCACCCCCACCAAAUGCGUCCCCACCACCUCCAUCAGGAGGUUCCCCUCCUCCCCAAUCUUCCCCACCACCUCCAGCAGAAGCCUCACCUCCACGUACAUCCACCUCAGAUUCGCCACCUCCUCCAGCCGAUGUACCACCACCUUCGGCCAAUUCUUCACCACCACCACCACGGGGAAAAGCACCAGAAAAAUCUCCUCCGUCCCCCACUGGUACACCUCCUCCAUCUGGUUCUAAAUCUGCUCCUCCACCAGCUGAUAACUCCCCCCCUGAACCCUCUUUGCAAUCACCACCUCCUUCAGUCCCUUCAUCUUCUUCACCUCCUCUUAGUUCUCCAGCUCCACCUAGUAAUUCAUCAAGUCCAACUCCCUUACCACAGAAGCCAACUGCAAGGUCAACUACUAAUGCCAAUGUAACGUCAAAUACCACAUCUAGAAAUACAAGCGGGUUAAACACGGGAGGAGCUGUGGCAAUUGGAAUUGCAGUUGGAUUUCUGGUGCUCAGUCUUGUUGUUAUGGCGGUUUGGUUUGCAAAGAAGCACAAGAAAAGAACUGGAUCAAAUCUUCGUUACACCAUGCCUUCCCCCUUCGCUUCAUCUCAGAAUUCAGAUUCAGUAUUUCUGAAGCCGCAUUCUCCAGCUCCCCUUGUAGGAAAUGGUUCUGGUAGUGAUUUCAUGUAUGCACAAUCAGAUCCUGGUGGAGUAAACAAUUCAAGAUCAUGGUUUACAUAUGAAGAACUACUCCAAGCCACAAAUGGUUUUUCGACAAAGAAUCUUUUGGGCGAAGGUGGAUUUGGUUGUGUAUACAAAGGUGUUCUGGAAGAUGAAAGGGAGGUUGCUGUAAAACAGCUAAAAAUUGGUGGUGGACAAGGGGAACGUGAGUUUAAAGCUGAAGUUGAAAUUAUUAGUCGUGUACACCAUCGCCAUUUGGUUUCCCUGGUUGGUUACUGUAUAUCUGAGCAUCAAAGAUUGCUUGUCUAUGACUUUGUUCCAAACGAUACCCUACAUUACCAUCUUCAUGGUGAGGGCAGGCCGGUUCUGGAUUGGGCAACCAGAGUCAAGGUUGCUGCUGGUGCAGCUCGUGGAAUAGCUUACUUACACGAAGAUUGUCAUCCCCGCAUUAUUCACAGAGAUAUUAAGUCAUCAAACAUCCUUUUGGAUAGCAACUUUGAAGCUCAGGUUGCAGAUUUUGGGCUUGCAAAGCUAUCAUUGGAUUCAAAUACGCAUGUAACCACAAGAGUAAUGGGAACAUUUGGAUACAUGGCUCCAGAAUAUGCAACAAGUGGAAAGUUGACAGACAAGUCUGAUGUUUACUCUUAUGGUGUUGUGCUAUUGGAGCUAAUUACAGGCCGCAAACCCGUGGAUUCUUCUCAGCCAUUGGGUGAUGAGAGCCUAGUUGAAUGGGCUCGGCCUUUGCUUUCUCAAGCACUUGAGAAUGAAGACUUUGAAGAGUUGGCAGAUUCAAGGCUGGAAAAGAAUUAUGUUGAGAAUGAAAUGUUUCGAAUGAUUGAGGCGGCUUCAGCUUGUGUGCGUCAUUCAGCUGCAAAAAGGCCACGGAUGAGACAGGUGGUAAGGGCUUUUGACUCCUUAGAUGAAUUAUCAGAUCUCAGUAACGGAAUGAAACCUGGACAAAGUGAAAUUUUUGAUUCCGCACAACAAUCUGCACAAAUUAGAAUGUUUCAGAGAAUGGCAUUUGGUAGUCAAGACAACAGUACAAGUUUUUUUAAUCACACUCAGAGUAGCUGGAAAAGUAGAGACUCUAGAGAGCACGGGGGCAAAACCGGGAGUAGCUGGACAAGUAGAGACUCUAGAGAGCAUGGGGACCAAACUCAGAGUAGCUGGAGCAGAGACCAGAGAGACCAAAGUACUGUAAUAUCCAUUGAUAGAUCUGGGUUAUGGAACAACUGAGACAAGUUAAGGGUGCAGGCCAUUAAUUUCACUUCACUUUUGGGACCCUUUAUUGUGCUAUUGGAACCAGGCUAUGUUGCUCAAAUCUUGUAAAUCUUACCCAAAUCAUCAUUUUCCAUAAUUUUUGUAUUCUCUGCUAACAUGAUUUUGUUGUCAGGAUGCACAUUUCUGUAUUCUUUUGUAAUCUAGAUUCAUUGAUACAAUAUUGUAUGUAUCUGUAUUUGUUGUUUUCAUAUAUAUAAUAUAUAGUUCAUGUUUA